ACGCAGUCCUGCCUCAUUUUUGUGUGAUCAAAGUAAACGUCUGUCACGCUACCUUCAUCUGAUUUUUACUGCAUUUUAAACUUGUUCAAAUUGAACGCAGGAAACAAGAUGAAUAUACACAAUAUACAAUACUAUUCUGUUAAACAUACCAAAAAUGGGGAAUUUGAAUGGUCCAGAAAACUGCGUCAAGUUAGCAAAACACCAAAAUGAUGCAAUUGUACCUGGAAGUACAAUAAGCUCAUAAACAGCUAAUGGUUAGUGGGUAACUUUUUCCUCAGUGAUGAACUGCAGCUCACAGGACAGAAUGUGUGUCAAAGAUGUGAAGAUUCUUCCAAACUAUAACUCGUCUUACCUUCCCAUGAUGCCUGAUGGCUCAGUUCUCGUAGUCGACGACGUCUGCCACCAGUCAGCGGAGAUCACCAUGGCUUCAUUCUGUCGGAUAGACAACAAAUCAUCACAUCUACCUUGUAUGCUCAGUGCCCUGGAGGAGCAGACCUUCAUUUUUCAGCUGCAGCUACAAGAGAAAGAAGAACAGCAAUCCAGCAAGGGUUUGGAAGUCCCAUUGUUGGCUGUCCUACAGUGGCACAGUCCAGUACAUCCUGCCAUGAGAUGCAUCUCUACUUGUUACUCGAUACCCAGUGUUCACUUAAAUCGUCCAGAGUUGGUGAUGAUGGCGUCCUGCCCAAGGACCGUCAGGCCUCAACAACACUUCUGGGUGAAAUACACACUGCUCAACAAUUUGCAAGAUUUCCUUGCUGCUCGUCUGAUCUGGAAUUCAGAGGGAGGAAGUCAGGAUCCCAGUGUGGGAGCGGUUGUGUGCCAGUCUCCACUCAACAACCUGGGCCAGUGUAAGAAAGGCUCCAUACUGUCCUUCACUGUGGCCUUCCAGAUUCUCAAAACUGGGAUUUUUGAGGUCAGGCGCUAUGGUGGAGCUCCAGACAACAACCUCUCCUGCAGGAACUGUUAAUCGAGCCCCUCACCUGUCCCCCGAUCCCAGCUUUGUUUCACUGGUAAAAAUAGCCAAGAGAGAGUGUAAGGUGCUAGUGCUGGAAUGAAUCAAAGAUGUACACAAAAGGUGAUCUGGACUGUGGGAGCUUAUGACAAAAGCAUCACUGUCCUGUGGCUGUGCUUCAACACAGAGCAGCCGUCAGAUCUUUGUCUUCAUCCCAAGAAGAAGCAACAAUCAUACUGUAAUAAAUGCUAAAGAUGGAGUCAGUGAAUGAGGAAUGAAACAUGAAU